AUGUACUCUUCCCGCAUUUUUGCAUCCAUCGGCGCUGUUACGGUUGCUGCCCUCGCUAUCAACGUCCUCUCCGCCGUCAAGGUCUACAUCCUUCCCUCAAAGCUGAAGCGAUAUGCACAUGUUUCAGCCGAUGGCAAGCAUCCGUGGGCCUUGGUGACUGGCGCAUCAGACGGCAUUGGCCGAGCUUUUGCUGAAGAGCUCGCGUUACGGGGCUUCAAUAUCGUUCUCCACGGCCGCAACCAGACAAAACUUGACAUGGGCGGAGAGAACGAGUCACAACACCCGCUAGACUUCAAUGCUAUCAAAGACGCGCUUCAAGACUUGCACCUCACAGUCCUGAUCAACAAUGCGGGUGGCGGCGCCAGGGAUCCCGUCUAUCUCUCGCUGAGCGACAGUUCUGAGGAGCGCAUUACCGAUAACGUCACCGUCAAUGCAUUGUUUCCUCUGCAUCUGAUUCGUGUUCUUCUUCCGCAUCUGGCGCAAAAUUCGCCUGCCCUGAUCAUGAACAUCAGCUCCCUAGCUGACGCUGGGCUUCCCUUGCUUGCCUCUUACAGCGCAAGCAAACAAUUUUUAAUGACUUUAACGCGUACUAUAGACCUGGAAAUUGCGUUCUCGGGCAAAGCAGAGAUUGAGUGCUUGGGGGUCCGCGUUGGUAACGUCACUGGUGUAUCGCAUAAUAGACAGUCUCCGUCAGUGUUCACGCCAUCAGCCGAGACAAUGGCUCGAGCGGCGCUAGAUCGUGCCGGUCGCGGGCACGGGGUUAUAACCGGCCACUGGGCGCAUGCGCUGCAACAGGCUAUGAUGGAUUUUAUGCCUACGUUUCUAGCAAGAAUUGUUAUUCUUAAUACCAUUCGCGAGAGGAAGGAAGCCGAAUUAAAAUCGAGCUAA